GGGGGUUUCUAUAGUUCACACUGAUACGAUAUUGAACAAAUGUUGUAUGGCUGUCCUAGAAAGAAAGCAUUUAUAAAAAAGUGAGUUUUAAUCGGCUGAAUUUACUGGACAACUUCUGCGAAAUAUAAUACAAAUUUAAAGAGAUAUUCAAAACACUGGAAUCGGAUACGCGGGCUUCGUUUGGAUUAAUAAAAAAACGGAAGGAACCGUAACAUUGAGACUUGUGUAGUUUGAAAAGGAUUUUAUGUUUAGUUGAAUGAGUUACAUUUAGUGUAAAGUAGCAGGUUUGGGGAAAAGUGCUGUGAAAUGUAACGAUAAUGUUGUCAAGUGACGGUACUGAAAAUUGUACAGCUGAAACGUCUUUGUGAAACUGACGUCGUGUUCUUCCGGUUUUAAAUAUAAUUCACACGUUAUCCCAGAAUAGUAGACGCUGUUAAAACUUUCAAGGUGGCGAUCAAAAACGUUAUUUCUACAAUGCAGUUGUGUGCCGGUUGCCAGGGCCCUAUUGUGGACCGAUAUUUGUUGAACGUCCUUGACCGGGCUUGGCACGUGCGCUGCGUGCAAUGUGCGGACUGCGGCUGUGCUCUAAAUGACAAGUGUUUUUCACGGGAAGGAAAGCUUUACUGUCGCACCGACUUUUUCAGGAGGUUCGGAACUAAGUGUGCAGGAUGUUCACAAGGGAUUUCUCCAAAUGAUCUCGUGCGAAAAGCACAGAAUAAAGUAUUCCAUCUAAAAUGUUUCACGUGCAUGAUUUGCCGGAAGCAGCUCUCCACUGGGGAGGAACUUUAUAUCGUCGGUGAAAACAAGUUCCUGUGUAAGGAAGACUACAUACAAAAUAAAUUAGAAGGUUCUGAUGGCGAAGAAGAUUCAAUGGAUUUUGAUAGCACAUUAGACAGUCAAGAUAGCGAAAAGGACGUAUUUGGGGAUGAAAAAUCCCAUGUUAUGAAAAAUAACACAAACCAGAACGAGGAUUUGAAAGCUGGUGAUAUGUUAUUGGACGCAAACAAUUCUUUUAAUUCAAAAUUUAACGGAAGUUGUUCUUCGCCAAUAAAAAUGGAGAACGGUUUAUUAUCAGAGCAUCAUAUUUCUGUCAAACUUGAAAACGGGAUGAACAGCAUAAAUGAAAAUACACCGCCAUCUCCUCAUAGCCCGGAUAUUAAUAUGAAUUGUGGGACUACUUCCGGUCCCGGAAGUGACGAAAGCGUUGAUAUUAAUGACAACAUUUCCUGUGGUGAUAUAAACGAUAAUGAUGGAGAAGCAAAUGAUACAAAUGGUAACCAUUCGGGUCCCGGAAGUAAGCGGCGAGGGCCGCGGACAACAAUUAAAGCCAAACAGUUGGAAGUUCUAAAAGCAGCGUUCAAUGCCACACCAAAACCCACCCGGCAUAUAAGAGAACAACUAGCGACAGAAACAGGACUCAAUAUGAGAGUUAUACAGGUAUGGUUUCAAAAUAGACGUUCCAAAGAACGCCGGAUGAAACAACUUAGUGCUCUUGGAGCCAGACGACACUUUUUCAGAAGUCCACGGCGCAUGCGCGCUCUUAGAGGCGACUUGGAUGAUGCUGAGAUGAUGGGGCCCGGAUUUGGUUAUUACAACGAGGGUGAAGCAGACAUGUAUGGAAAUUUCCCACCCUACAACAAUUUUUACCACGGUCAAGGGCCAGGACCAGAAAUGCCCCCGGGUAACAUGAACUACAUGAUGCCAAACCCUCGAGGAACUCCCCCUCAUAUGGACCCAGGAAUGAUGGCGUCUAGAGUUGGUAUGGUUCCAGAUGGUCAGUUUAUGCCGGGAGACAUCCUACCACCUUCCUCUUCGCCAGAUUCAAUGCACAACAUCCAUUCAGAGGAACAGUUCUUGUCAAACGGACCCGGAAGACCGAUGGUUCCGCCAUUUUCCUCAGCAUCAUCAUUACAAAAUUUUCCCGGAAGACCAGAAAUGACAUCAGAGGUGUGGUGAUGACGUCAUAAUAUAUGUGUGGCAAGGACACAUUUAAGUCACUCACGUUUAUAAAAUGAUUCUUGUCGGGCUGCAAGCUCUGAAGAAUAAAAGACAGCGAAUAUCAUAUCGGAGCGUCACAAAUGACGCCUGAUCUAGUGUUUAUGACAUAUUCGAUGUGUACAAACACAUUUGGUCACAGUCGUAAAUGUAGAUGUGAUGACAGUGUAAUAAGGACUAAAGAAACACAAAAAGGAACCACUGUUUGUAAUUACCCAAACGUGACACUUAAAACUAAAAAGUGCUUGUCUGACAAGAGACUAGAAUUUUGUCAGUCUUAAUAGUCUGGUGUGACAGUAACUGAUUUCCUGAAAACAUACCAGAGGAGCUUUCUGCUAGAACAACUGAAUGCAUGCGGAUUUCAGCCUGUGUGUACAUGUCUUACAUUUAUUAUUGUAGUAAAAGUCGUUGUUAAAUGAAGGCUCCACUGAAGAGAUAUAGAAAUUGUUGGAGUAUUUUGUACAAUAGUGUUAUAUAAGCAGAACAAAGGAGGGUAUAUUUCAUUGCAGAAUGGGUUUAAAAUUGUUAAAAUGUACACAAUAAGAAAUGCAGUCUUAGCCCUUAAACAAACUGUGACGUAAUAAUUUGUCGUUUAAGUAACAAGUGAUUUCUUUGGAAGAACGUAGAAAUUGAACUAUCGUCGAAAACGGAACCUUGGAAAGACGUUAUCGCCGAAAACAAAAUCUAUAUAUAUCAUUGGUGUUAAAUUAGAUUAUUUUUAUUUUGUGAUAUAUUGUUUUGUGGGUGGUAUACAUGUAAAGCAGAUAUUGUGCUAUUUCACUGUAUAAAUAUUGUUGUUUCAUUCUACGAGUAAGGACUGUUUGUUUACUUACUGGAAGCGAAAAUAAAACCAGAAAUACCUGAUACGAUAAUUUUGAGACAAGCAUAUUUGUUCUUUAGCUUAUUUUAUAUGUUAAUGUUUUUUCAUACAGUAAUUUCAAGCACAGUAAUUUUCAGGUAUACAUUUUACUUUUUUGUCUUUCCACUUUUGCCAAAAUUUACAUUUUCACCGAAUUUUAGUUUCAUUCUGGCAAAAAUCGGUAAAUAGAACUGUUACAUACUUAAUCAGAUAUUUUUAAUAACGAGAGUAAAUGGUGUAGAAAAAUGUUUUUUUCUCGUCUAGCUAGUAAAAUAUUUUAAAUACAUACCCAGAAUCUCAAAGUCUUGCACCAGAAAAAAUGAUAUGUUCAAAAAUGUUCAGCACAGUGUUUUUUUUUGUGUGCUGAGGUACGUUUGAUUUAUAGUCCCAUGUUUUCGUUUCUGUGUGAAUGUGGUUUUAUUUCAAAGAGAUAUAUUAUUUAUGAAAAUAAAAUUGAAAAUACCAGA